AUGCAUCCUCCCUCAUACCAAGCAUCCCACUCCGCCCCCACCUAUCCUAUCUACAGAGAUGCGCUAGAUGAGGUGUUAAAUCAUGAAAAGUUGCCGCUGUACAAACCAGCCUCUGAAGGCUUCGGACUAGUGCUCGUAAAGAGAGAAUUGGUGUCGCCAUACAAAGAAUACGAUACUGAAUGGCAGCCGUGCUUUAUGGAGCUCAACUCGACCCAGUUGAACUUCUACCAGCUCUCGAGAAAGAAGGACAGAGCCGUUCCAUCUGUUGCAGAAAUCAUCCACAGCUUCCAGGCAGUGUGUAACACUGACACCGAAAAGACCCCUACUUCCGCCCUUAGUCGGUUGUGGAAGACCACUGGGUCUGUAGACAAGAGAAAUUUGGACUCUCUCUUCACGAUGCCAUAUCCCGCCACCUUCCACAGCAUUCCCUCGCUGAUCAUCUCCCAAUCCCCCGUCAAGUCAUACAUUAUAUUUACCCACCAGCCCGUGUCAUCCUACACGUUGCAACGCGCCAAAAUCGGAGUCGCCACCGACACCCAGGGCGGUUCUCCUGCGGUAUUUCUCAGGGCCAGAGUUGAGACUGAGCAGUUGCUCAUCCAGUGCUUUUCCGAGGAGAGUCUCAUCGACUGGUACUUUAAAUUGAACUUUGCCAAGGACUUGAGCUUGCCGUUAGAGCUGAGACUGGAGACCACGGUGAGGACGAUUCCCCGCCGAAGAGGUACGCGCUAUCGCGGCGAAGGCGAAGGCAAUCUCUUAGAUGCGGUUUCCGGGUCCCAAAAUCGCUCAAGCAGUGGGUUAAACACAAAAUACGACUAUUCACAGGUGGACCAAACCGUCAGAGGAAGAGCUAACUCUGCAUCCACCACUGCCUCCGACGUCUCGACUGUCAACUCCCAGUUCACCCAGGACUCCCUGUCAGAUUUUUCCGAGUGCUCGAUGGAAGAGUUUGAGGUGAGGCCCUCAGGUCUGGCUCUUACCCCCGGGUCAAAGAACUACAACUUAGAGUUAUCGUUCAUCAAGCAGUUGAUGUCCAGCUUAAAGGCGACUGAUAAGUGGGUCGGUCAGCCGCUUGUGGUUUCCCACAAAUCCCCGGAAGCUCGCAGCCAUAUGUCUAAGGUCCAAGUUUCGGUUGACUCCAGACUCAGCACUAUGCGAAUUUUGGGCAUCGAGCCCCCGGCCUCUCAAAAUUUAACCACAAGGAGCCAGCGGUUCCAAGACUGUCUCGACAAGACUGAAGAAGCUGAGACCGAGUCUCUGGUGUGGGUUUUACCGCUCAAGAAGUCUGCGAUGUUUGGUCAGGCAAAGUGGAGUGGGAGCGAGCAUCACCACCUCGCGUGCCAUGAGUAUAUCGUGGCGAGACACGGGCUUGUGUGCUUGUGA